AUGUACGAGAAUUUCGCAGAGCUUUUUGCAAUCAUCAAAGCCACGGAGAAGCUAGAGAAAGCCUAUAUCAGAGACCUGAUCUCACCUUCAGAGUACGAAUCAGAAUGCCAGAAGCUCAUUGUCCACUUCAAAACUCUAUCCGCUACACUUAGAGACACGGUCCCAAACAUCGAAAGAUUCGCAGACACAUACAAAAUGGACUGUGCAGCCGCUGUAUACCGCCUCGUGACCUCAGGCGUACCGGCCACGGUGGAACACCGAGCCACCGUAGCAGCAUCCACGUCAAACUCCGCGUCCAUUGUCGCUGAGUGUGUGCAGAACUUCAUCACAUCAAUGGAUUCUUUGAAACUGAACAUGGUCGCUGUUGAUCAGGUUUAUCCUCUCUUGUCUGAUCUAUCGGCUUCUCUAAACAAACUGAGUAUUUUACCGCCGGAUUUCGAAGGGAAGACGAAGAUGAGAGAAUGGCUUCUGAGGUUGUUGAAGAUGGGAGCAGCAGAUGAGCUCACGGAACAGCAGUCAAGGCAACUUCACUUUGAUCUUGAGUCAUCGUACAACUCUUUCAUGGCAGCUUUGCCUAAAGCUGGUAAUUGA